AUGCAGCCGUCAGCCAUCCAAUUUACACACAGAUUUGAUCCAGAUUUCCAAAAUCCAAUUUGUCGGUCCCUGGCCGAAUGUCACCCUGACGCCAAAAAAAUUCCGUCUCCCCCCCAAACUUGGGAUUCACUUUACUCAAACUCCGCGACCAUCCCACGCUCCCACGCCCUCUCCCACGCUCUCAAUCAACAGCCUGCAGUUACCCGAGUCUCCGACCCCUCGGCCGACAUCGCUCUCUACGACCUGGAACGCAACUCGCCUCGCCUCGCCUCACACACCGCUCUCUCACCUGGCCGCUGCGGCGCCGUCCAGUAUCAUCGCCCCGCGGUGCAUUGCCAGCAGCACCCGGAACCACCACAACUGACGCCCAAGUUCACCAACAAUAGCACAGGCGUUCAAGCAUCGCCCAAGCCUGGCCUGGCCUGGCCCGGCCUGUCACCCAUACCUAUCCUUCUCUCUCCCUCCGGUGUUCGCCCUGUGGUCCGACACCCAUCUAUCUGGACAAACUCAGUCACAGACCCAACCCCGACCGCCCCGACACACGCUCAAACCCGAGUCCACGUAUGCGCCCAUAAGCAAAAGACGAGUCUAGACUGCCCGGCGGCCAGCACAAGCACUGAGUCUCGAGUCUGCACCGCUCUCUCUCGUCCCUCCAUCCCAAAACACGUCGCAGAACAACAUGUCCUGACUUCGUCUGCCGUCCCCUGCCGAGUCAUGCCCGUCCAGUCCAAGCCCAUCCCCGCCCUCUACACGGUGUACAUCCUCCGUUCCACCGUACGCCACGCGUCUCUCUACAUCGGCUCGACGCCCAACCCCCCGCGCCGUCUGAAGCAGCACAAUGGCGAGGCCCGCGGCGGCGCUGUUCGCACCUCUCGUCUAAGCCUACGGCCCUGGGAGAUGGUGGGGCUGGUAUCCGGCUUCCCGGGCAUGGUUGCUGCUCUAAAGUUUGAAUGGGCGUUGACGAACCCACAUUUGUCUCUGCAUAUACCCUCCACGUCUCGCAUCACCGUCUCAAACGGAGUAAAGAAGAAUGGACGUCCCCGCCGACCUCGUGCUAGCCUCUCCUCGAUAUUGUCCAAUCUACAGCUCCUGCUAGGAGUACCGAGCUUCCGUCGGUGGCCGCUUACACUACACUUCUUUGCAAAGGAUGUACACAAAGCAUGGGUUUCCUCCUCUACCAAGUCAACCGAGCCUCUGCGAAACACCCUCAACAUAGUCACCGACUUCGGCCCCGACCCCGCCGCAUCUUCAGACGACGUCGCUUGGGGCAUCCAUGCCUUGCCUGUGGACUACACGCACAUGAAGCCAUACAUUGAAAAAGCACAGUCCAUCAUCGCCUUUGAAAGAGAGGGCAGCUGUGUAGUCUGCAAAGAGGCACUACCUCACGGUCAGGGAUUACACGCCGUGUGUCCAAACGAGUCCUGUGAGGCUGUCGGGCAUCUUUCAUGCUGGAGUCGUCAUAUGCUCCACCAUGAAGAGGAUCGAGAAGUGGUCGUCCCUAUUCAGGGCCGUUGCCCACAAUGUGGGGGCCACAUUCAGUGGGUCGAUAUGAUGAAAGAAUUGUCACUACGGGAAAGGGGUGCGAAAGAAGUCGAGGCUCUUAUGACAAUCCAUCUGCGAGAUAACAUCUUUUCGGCCCACAAAGCCUGUUUCUCCCAAAUGCUGCGAGUCAGCCUGGGUCUCUACGAACCAGACGGCCAGCGUCGAAUUUUUCGCAUUGUCGUCAUACCAGUGGAGUUCUACAUUUGCGGUAAUAUCGAACUGUUUUCACAUCUCGGCUACUGUCGAUUCGGAGUGUUGAGAGCGAGCAUCGCUUGGGGCUCUGAGGGUUGGUCUAGAAGCGAUUCUGCAUGCAAAUACGUUUGCCCAAUUCUGCAAGCUCAAUGGAAAGCUUGGAUUGUUGUGCAUCUCCGCAGGCUUGCCCUGACUAUUGCGUACGCUGCGUUCUGGCUAAAGUCUAACGUUCGGGAAACCCACCCCAACAGUGCUGGAACGCACCGUUGA